AUGCUGGAGGAAUCCAAGGCCCUUGUGCACUGUAACAUGAGGCUGGAGCUGGACCAAGCCAAUGAGGUACCUGUGAGGGCAAAUAAGCACAUUCAACCAAAGCUGACCAAGGGAGCUUUUCAAAUAGCUCCCACCUCAGAGAAUAUUAACAAUAUCAGAGGUUCAAAUCACUGUAGCCAGUGUUCCAAGGUGAAUGAAGAGUUAAAUCAGAACCAACUGGAAGUGGCCCCAGAGAUCAUGGAGACCCCUGCCAUUCCUGCUGGAGAAGUGCAUAGCCACCGGCACCACAUCAAGAAGCCAAAGGAGGGCAUCUUCACCAGAGCCAAGCGGACCUCCCCAAACAAUGGCCAGAAGCAGACCUCCAGAUCCACCAACAGCUGCUUCUCCAAGGCCACCCCCAAGGCCCUAGUGGUGGGCAAGGAGCACGAGGCCAAGAGCAGCCUGCUGUUUACCGCCAGCCAGAAGUUCCAGAGUAGUCCAGGGCUCGGCCUGACCACCUUCAGGAACAUGGACGAGGCUUGGUCGGGAAACAGGAUUCCCAUGCCCGAGAGCCACAUAAAAAGUGUCACUGUGCUGGACGGCUUUCAUGACGAAAGCCCAGAGAAGCUGGACCCCAUGGAGCAGGGGCCGGAGGACACAGCAGCCGCAAAAGUGGUGGCCGAGAAGCCAAUCGGGGCCCUACUGAGCCUGGGGUGGAGCCAGUGCUGA